UGACGUCAUCGAGCCCCGGACAACAAGUGAGGAAAGAGGAAUAACAACAAGGCGGCGGGCCGACGGUGGCUUUUCGCUGAAACAAGAAAGCAAAGCACCGUACACGACUGGAAUUGUGUUUUUUUAAUUUGUAUUUAGUGCGUAGUUGGUUCUCCGGGAUGUCUUUGUUCGGAAAGCUGUUCGGGAGCGGGGGGAAAACGGGCAAAGCCCCGACUCCUCAGGAGGCGAUCCAGCGGCUCAGAGACACCGAAGAGAUGCUGACGAAGAAACAGGACUUCUUGGAGAAAAAGAUUGACCAGGAGUUGCUGACUGCAAAGAAACACGGCACAAAAAACAAGCGAGCUGCUCUUCAGGCCUUGAAGCGCAAGAAGAGGUAUGAGAAGCAGCUGGCGCAGAUCGACGGCACACUGUCCACCAUUGAGUUCCAGAGGGAGGCGCUGGAGAAUGCCAACACAAACACAGAGGUGCUCAAGAACAUGGGCUUUGCUGCUAAAGCCAUGAAAGCUGCUCACGAGAACAUGGAUAUUGAUAAAGUAGAUGACUUAAUGCAGGACAUCACAGAACAGCAGGAGCUUGCACAGGAGAUCUCUGAUGCUAUUUCCAAACCCGUAGGAUUUUCAGAAGAUUUCGAUGAGGAUGAACUGCUGGCAGAAUUGGACGAGUUAGAACAGGAGGAGUUAGACAAAAACCUGCUAGAGAUCGGAGGCAGUGAAACUGUAGCGCUGCCCAGUGUACCCUCCACAUCCCUGCCAGCGAGGCCAGCAAAGAAAGAGGAAGACGAGGAAGACAUGAAAGACCUGGAGGCCUGGGCUGAAACCAUGUAACUGCAGCAGAGCCAGCACCUGCCUGUCUGCUUCAGGACAGAGGAAAGACUGUCGGCUCUUGCAGUGGGCUGUGUGUGACGUUGAAAAGAAAUGUACUCCAGAUACCCCUAGCUCUUAAUCUCCUCCCACAGCAGUAAGGGGUGCAGUGGGUUAUCUUUAAACCCGUUUCCCCUUGGAGAAAGGGAAGACAUCUUCUCAGACACGGGGGUUUUCUCAGACCCUUGGCCCAUCCACUUCAUUCAGCAUACUGCUGUCAAGACUCCUUUACACUCCUGCUUUAACAGGAGCCAUUGGCACCACAACACACACACACACCAUUCAUUUUACUGGAAACAAUCCAACAAAAUGCUCAACACAGUGUCCCUUACAGACUCUUUCAACUUCAGUGCCAGUUUUAAAAUAUCUCAAGUGAUAACAUAAGGCAGCAUGGCUGCGUUUAUGUCACAGUCUUUGCUGGUUAAACUUUAUUUUUUAAAGGAAAGAAGUGCUUCUUGGUGGUUUGGGUGCUUUGAGCAGAAGUUGCUGGGUCCUUGAAUUUGGGAUGGACUUCUCUUUAUAUAUGGAAGCCAGUAAAAUUGCAGCUCAGAGUCUGAUAGUCUAGUGUUAGUUAUAGCGUGUGCAUUUGAAGACUGAUGGCCACGCUGGUUUUGUGCUAAUUUAAGAUUUGCAUAAGGCUGCCACUGAAUUAUUUAAAUAUCGUAACAUUAGCUGAAUUAACUGAUGGUUAGGUUUUUAUUUUCAAAGCAAAUGAAAUGUGUUUCUAUUGUAAUCGUCAGACGAGUUAGAUAAACUGGCAUGUAAUGUGUGCUGGUUAUUCUUCUGAGCAGUGACUCUGGUUUUCACAUGCACACGUGCUACACGGUAGUUGCUUUCUUCUUUGGUUGGUUCCAUAAUGUUUAUAAAAUAUAAAAUAUUCUCCUGUAUAGAAGAUUGAUUCUGUGCGUGAGAGAAAAAUCCAGUGCAAACCCAAACUAAACCCUCUACAAACCUAGUCUGGAAAGAUGUGCAGCAGGACAUUGUUUCAAUUGGGAUACCAGGAAAGAUAGGAAAUGUGUGAUUUUUUUUUUUUUUGACAGUUAUACUGUCACAUUACAAACUGGCAUUGAAUUGAAAAGUGUCUAUGUUAAACCAAGGGGAUGUUAUUCAAUUCAACAUAUUGUACAUUCUCUACAUAUAAACUGCGGUGUGUAUGGAUAUUUGCAAGUGGUGACACACGCAUUGGCAUGUAUACGUGUAUAUGUUUUAAUGAUCCAGACUAUUAUUUGAAUGUUCAUUAAACUUGUUGAUUAUU